AUGGUCGUUGCAGCAGUGAUCAUGAUUGUCACAAGAUCUGGAAUUCCCAGUGUUACGUUACUUGGAGAGCGCAGUGACUGGGACAACCUCCUUGCCAAACUUGAUGAAAUGCACACCUUCGGCGAAGAACCAAGGCUUCUGUUCAUCGUAACGCUGGCAGCGGUUACGACUAUCUUUCCGGGUGGAUCACGGCCUUCUGCUUCUGAAAUAGAGAAGGGAAGAGACUCUACAAUCGCGAGGGGUUGGAACUUUCUUAAAUUGUCUUUCCGAAGAUCGAUGCAAAGGAUAUUCCUCCUGCCUUUUAAUUCUGUGCCCGUGAAAGUCACGGACUAUGCCGCCGGGCGCUUUUACGAACUAUUAUGGUUUCCGGUUUGGUUGGCAUCGAAGCAACGUCAACCCCUUCGCCUUCUAACCCAACGGGGUUGGAUGUCAACUCGAUCCGGCCGUACUCUGGAUGGUGGAUGUUCGAGGUAUUAG